AUGCUCUCUCCCGCAAACAACACCCCUACAGCAGAAUCCCUUCGUGCGCCACACACUGUGAGCCAGAACGCGCCAGGCGCAUAUAAUGGAUCAGUUGGAAACGGCGUCGUCGCAGAGUCGGCAGUCGCGCCCGGCGCAGAGCGCGCAGGAGCAGUCACUGGAGCGCCGAAUACAAUCGCAGAGAGCAAAGAGAAAGCAAGAGCAGUGAUGGCCGCCUCUGGUGUUGGCUUGGCCGGGGCUAGGAUAGCGCAGACAAUAACACCCUCCACGAGCGAUCCGCAACGAGCAAUAGAUUCCACGAAUGGUGCGCCGCCGAGUCGAAAGCGAUCCCGGUCUGGCUCUCCCAAGCCCGCCCACCCUGCCUCCGCAAGCAUGGUAAAACCUCCUCAGCCUGAUGCGCAGGCGUACCUGCUCAGCAAGUACAUAGAGCGGGACGAGCUGCAUGACGACGCGGUAAUCCAGCAACAGAGACGCCAACGGGAGUUCUUUGAGGAGAAACAAUCAGAGAUUAGGUAUUACAAGGAUUUGCGCCAUCAGAGGCAAACAGAUCCUGGUUCGGUCUUCGGAUACGGCUAUGCGGGUUACGGCAAUGGGCAUACAGACGUUAAGCCAUCGAGGUUGGAGUAUCCUACUCAGAGAAGACGUGUGCCGAGUCGACGGAGCAGGUCGGUACGGGUGCCGAGGAAAGACAUGAAUGCACAAGCCGAACAGCUUGAAGAGCUGGUGCCCGUGCGGCUGGAUAUCGAACUUGAAAAACUAAAACUAAGAGACACAUUCACCUGGAACCUCCAUGACCGCACCAUCACUCCCGAGCUGUUCGCAGAAAACCUAGUUGAAGACUUCAAGAUACCCCCAGAGCAUAGCGCCAAUGUGAUGCACCAAAUAAAUCGGGAGAUUCAGGAGCAGACUCAGGACUUCUACCCACAUGUCUUUAUUGAGGAGGAGCCGCUGGAUCCACAUUUACCGUAUCAUGCCUACAAGAACGACGAGAUGAGGAUACUGAUCAAACUCAACAUCACCAUCGGAGCGCAUACGUUAGUAGACCAGUUCGAGUGGGAUACCAACAAUGCUCUCAAUUUACCGGAAGAGUUCGCCCGAUCCAUGGCCCGAGAUCUGAAUCUUUCCGGAGAGUUCACUACGGCAAUUGCGCACUCGAUACGAGAACAGUGUCAGAUGUUCACCAAGAGUCUGUACAUUACCGGACAUCCUUUCGACGGCCGGCCCGUUGAGGAUGCAGAUGUCCGAGAUAGCUUUCUCCCUUCUCCCUUACCUGCUGUGUUCCGGCCCCAACAGGCUAUGAAGGAUUUUUCACCGUAUCUGUAUGAGCUCAACGAGGCGGAGCUUGAGAAGACAGAGCUUUCAAUCCUACGCGAGCAGCGGCGGCAGAAGCGAUCAACAACCCGACGAGGUGGCCUGGCACUCCCGGAUCUGAAAGAAUGGAAACGGACUGUUAGGACUCAGGUCGUUUCUUCGGUCAUUCCCGGCGCAGCGGAGACGAUAGAGAGCAGCCGACUAUACAAGGUCGCGCGGAGACCGGAUGGAAGAGGCCGCCGCGCUGCCGGGCGUACCGAUGGUGCAGAAGACUCGGAUGACUCUGAGGAUGAAGACUCGGCACCGGAGUCGCCUGCGCCAUCACAGGUCACGGGCGGUACGGCGAGAACAAGAAUCAUACGUGGUGCAGCGACAGCAGCUCAGGCGGCCAUGCGCGCGAACCUGGGUCGGUCCAUGACUCCGGAGAUAGCCGCGCUGGAUCAUGUCCCAACGAGGAUAUCGAGGCGCCUUGUCGGAUUGGAAGCCAGAGACGAAAGCGAGGCGCCCGCUUCACUCAUCAUGAAGCUACGCGUCCCUCGCGAGAGGCUCCGGGAAUUGCUCCAAGGCAAGCGGUUUAAGCCCGGACAGAACUUGCUCUCAACAACUCAACCCGGAUCGCAAAGUGGGACACCACAGCGCAGCACCCCAGCAACAUCAAUGCCUCCUCCGCCGUCACCAGCCAUGCAACAGCAGCGCAAUACGCCCACAGCCCUCAGCAGUGCCGUCGCAGAAGCGCCCCGCUCGAUUCCCCGCUCUGUCCCCAGUGAAGCGCAGCAGCGAUGGCAGUACUACCCCGACGGCCGUGUAGACGUACCGCCCAACUGGCAGCAGGGGCAGCCGCUGCCUCCGCCUCCGCCCUGGCUCACCGCCGCGCUUGCGAAUCUAAAACAGACCUUCCCGCACGACUCUGUUGCGGCGCUCAUGCGCUUCGCUUAUGUCGACAAGAUCACGGGCCAGCCCAUUAUGCGCGAACCGCGUGAUGGCCCGCCUCCACCCGGCACAUAUAAGAUGCAGUUUAUGCCGCGGAUCAGGUGCAAUGACUGUCCUGGGAAGCUGUAUACGGCCGGCCCGGAACUCACCACUGGGAAUUUCGAGGUGCAUCUGAUUAAUCGGAAGCAUAAGGAGAGGGUCGAUGCGAGGCGGAGGGGUGUGCUGCCGCCGUCCUAG